AUGGUAUAUUUAGUUAUACACUUGCCUGAAGAAGCCAUUCGAGGAAAACCAGUUCACUUAAGAUGGAUGUAUCCAUUUGAACAUUUUCUUGGAUCGUUAAAGAAAUAUGUCAAGAAUCGUGCACGUCCUGAGGGUUCGAUUGCUGAGGCAUACAUUCUGAACGAAGCUCUGACUUUUUGUUCAUUGUAUUUAACUGGAGUUGAAACACGGUUUAACCGACUAGCCAGAAAUUGGGUAGACGAUGAAGAUCGUACUGUUAAAAAGAUUUCUGUGUCGGAUAUGAAAAAAAUUGAAUGUCAUCUUUCAGACAUUGGUAUAGCCACAUCGGCAGCCCCAACUUACCUACCUGCCCACUAUUUUAGGAACACAGAUGACAGCGGCAAAAGUGAAGAAUUCGAUCUCAUCCAUGGGGGCAUUCUGAAGCAUGAUCCAGAGUUCAACACAAUUAAGGCAGAAGACUUCCGUUUUCUGUUGAUCUCUUUGGGGACAGGCUCAAACAGGAUUGCGAAAAAAUAUGAUGCAAAAACAUGUGCAAAGUGGGGCCCUGUAAACUGGAUCAUGUGGAAUGGAAAUACUCCUAUCACUGAUGUUUUCAUGGAAGCGAGCUCUGACAUGGUUGAUUACCAUAACACUCUUGUUUUUGAAGCCUUCCGUUCUCAAAAUCACCUUCUCCGCAUUGAGGAUGAAACACUACGUGGGGAUUUAGCUUCGGUGGACAAACUAACUCCUCAGAACCUGCGUAAUCUAGAGAAUAUUGGUAAACAAUUGCUCAAAAAGCCACUUUCACGCAUGAAUUUGAGAACUGGUCGCCAUGAACCUGUUCCUAAUGGUGGUACCAACGCCGACCCACUCAAAAGCUUUGCGAAGAUGCUUUCGGAUGAAAGGAAACUGCGCUUGUCCAACGCCAAGGCGGCCGUGGGGAAGUAA